GCUAUCUAUAAUAUUUGGCGGCGCAUCGUUACGUUUCUGAAAGUUCUGAUUUCAAGCCGGUGAAGUUGAUUUUUAUAGAACAUAAUAAGUUUUAUUGAUUAAUUAAAGAAGUGUCAAUAUGGGAAAAGCAGAACUCAAAAAUCAUCCAAAAAGUUUUGUUUAGUGUUUCAAGUGAAAGUUGAUAUUAGUAUCGCAUUCGAUUGUUGCCAUACAGCUACCCAAUCAUCCUAUAAACGCGAUUGUUUCAUCUCAGGCGACUAUCAAUAUCAGAGCACUGCGUUUUUGUGAAAUUUAUUAAAUUUCUUCGAUCAAAGUAUAUAAAUUUCUUUUAAAAUGGACACUCCAGUUCCACUUCCGCAAUCUAAGUCCACCGAAUUGAUGGCUGAACUUCCUACGGUGCUAGAAGAAAAAUACUUUUUUGGUUCACCACUUGGUCUUGGAAAGUAUGGAAGAGUCAUGAAAGUUGGACUCGACAAGAAGGAUUAUAAAGCAUUAGAUUAUGAAUACUUUGCACUGAAAUCAUGUCGUGAUGCACGUUUUGAAGGAACUAUGACAAGUUUGGAUUACCAAGAAAUAAAAGCUUUGCGAGCAUUGCAGAAUGAGGAGAAUAUCGUCAAAAUCAUAGAGUUAGUAAAGAAUAAAAAAGAUGAAUUCAAGGGAAUCAUUCUUGAAAUGUGUAAAGCGAACUUGGCUAGAAUUCUCCACAACAUAGAAAUCCAGUACGAUGUGAGACAUAUAAAAUGUAUGGUGAAACAAUUUAUGACUGGGGUGGCAGCAAUCCACCGUCGAGGAAUGAUGCAUCGCGACCUGAUGCCGUCCAACAUUCUCAUAUCAUGUGAUGGAGUUAUCAAAAUUUGCGAUUUUGUAACUACCGUUGUGGUUGCUGAUCACCAGCAUGACUUGGAUCCCAACAUUGGCAACAUGUGGUAUAGAAGUCCGGAGGUCCUUCUUGGAUCUACAAAGUAUGACGAGAAGAUCGAUCUGUGGAGUUCGGGCCUUAUUUGUGUCGAGUUCUUCACAAGGCGAGGAUUGUUCAAAGGUUACACUUUUCCUAUUGAUCAGAUGGAAAAAAUAUCGGAGCUUUGUGGAUUUCCCAGUAAAGAGAUUUGGCCGGGAGCAGACACACUUCCAAACUACGACGAAUUCCACGCCAAACUGGCUCACCAUAAUGAGAAUACUCUGGAAGAUUAUUUGGCGACUACCACAAUGAUGCCAACAUCCACAGAAUUCAUCUUUAAACUCUUGCAAUUGGUACCAAAAGAUCGAAUGCCGGCUGAGGAGGCUCUUCAGCACCCAUUCUUGGCAGCAGGUUAUGCGCCAGCUGAAUCUCUCCGAGAAAUACUUCAGCAGUUUCGUUUUUGAAAUAUGAUCCAUAAAGAACACAUCGUUCAACGCUAGUAUGAAAUGGAAUGGAAUCAACCAGCAGUUUCUGCAUUUUCGGCUUGACAUAGAUUUUUUCAUUCUGUGUUACUAAGUCAAGUUAAAACAAUAAGUGGGAUUUUUGUGAUAAAUAGUUAUAAUAUCUAAUACUAAUAAAUACAUUCUACUAAUAAUGUGAUGAUAAUAUAGGCUAAUAUAUUAUGAACUAAUAAUGACUGUGAUGAUAAAGCUUUCUGUGUGAUAAGUAUGUUCGUACAAGAUUUCAACUUAGUAGAAUGAUCUUAUUAUUUACUGUAAAAAAUGAGCCUCAUGAAAAAAAAUUAAUUUAUAAUUUCGGCCUAAAAUGAUUACAUUCCAUUUUUUAUUACUAAUGAUUCAUGUUUGUUAUUUUCUUGAUUUCUCAUUAUUUCCUAGAAGAUUUUUGUUUCAGUUAUCUAUUCUUAGUAGUUACAUUGUUUAAACUUUUGAACAGCACUACAGAGAUUCUAAUUUUGUGUUAAUUUUCCAUUAGAAGAUGAAGUUUCCUUAUAGUUUCAUGUUGUUUAGGUGCCUUUCUGAAUACCUUUGUUAUUUAAUUAUCCAUUCAUUUUCAUUCUUGUUUUUGUGAGUUUACGUUUCAAUAAUUCCAUGAAUUUCUAUCAUGUAAACAUAAUAGAUUUAAGUGAUAUGACGAGUUGCACAAUGAUCAAGUGUUGAUUACCUAUUAAAAUCUAUUUUCAAUAAAAUGUUUCAAAUUAAA